AUGACUGACGCAAGUGAUGUACGUGUGGAUGAAACUGUGGUUCGACAAGGUAAUCGACCUGUAGAAGUUGAUUAUAUAUAUACAGAAACUUGGAAGAAUGGUAAUCAGAAAACGUAUCAAAUACAAGUUAAACGAGCAGACUAUGAACGAUUAGCAACAUCAAGGAAUAAAUCAACAGCAUUAUCAUUUGAUGAUUUUACUAAAGUUUUAAAACCAUUUAUGAUGGGAAAAUUUGCAUCAGAAGAUAUACCUACAGCAUUUCGUUUAUUAGAUGCUGAUAAUUCAGGAACAAUUGAUGCUAAUGAAUUAGCUGCAUUUAUGCCUAUUAUUGUGCCUAAUUCUAGUUCUCAUAUGCUUCUUCAUCAUAUUCAAAAAGCUGAUAAAAAUAAUGAUUAUAAACUUAAUUUACAAGAAUUUACUUCACUCAUUAAUCAGGGUAUUGGUAGAGAUAUGGCACUUGGACGUUCAUAA